AAAUCAACGAUUAGAACACAGAAGUCACCCAGCUGCUAGAUUUAGUUUCAAAAUUGGACUAAACUAACAAUUUAAUGUUACGUUAAAAAAUAACAUUGGGGUCUAUCAUCAAUGGUCAGCAACUCUUUCUGAGCAUUAUGUAGGACAGAAAGUAUUUCCAGAUGCAUCAUGGUCAAGAUAUUAAAGUGAAAUUCACUGAUGUGGGAAUUCAAGCAUACAGUUUGGAGGUGCAGUAGCGCCAGGCACUUUGUUUUUGUGUUUUGCCACUUAUGCCUGUAUCUGUAGGCUGGGAAAAGCGGAAUGAGAGCACAGCACUCUCCUCAGGCUGGAGGCUGACCUGUGGAAGGGGUGACCCCAGCAGUGCUCAUACCCUUUUGGACAGCUGGUGGGUUGGGGGCAAAAAUGUACAACAGCAGUGUUCACAUUGAGGACUGGAUCGCAGACGUUUUCAGUUUUGAGUCCAGAUCCCUAAUCACUGCUGCUGUAUGUGGCUGUUAUGAAAUCACAGAUGUUAUUUGACUGAAUACUUGUGAUCUGCGCUCCCCAAACUAUUCCAUUUAAGUUUGACUCCCUACAAUAUUUUGCUGACAAUUCUUAAUGCACAGCUUGAAAGGAGCUAUGACUAACAUAAAGAUAAGAAGGAUAACGGUUACAGAUAAGGCUGAUAAAAUCCCAGUACUGUAGCUUUUUAAAGAAUAAUAAGCAUGCCAGAGUUUUUCAGAAACAACCCCCCUCCCCCCAAAAAAAUAAUAAUCUGGUUUUAGCAGAAUAAUUUGUCUUUAACCGAAAGACUUCAUUCUUUCACUCAUUGAUGAAUGGCUUUAUUUAGAUCGUGGGUUUGCUAUUUAAAUUUGAUGUUAAAUGAGUUGUAAAUCAGACACUGCUUGUGUUAGGUGUCUCACUACUGGGCUCAAUUACUAUGAGAAAUAAAAAGGCCUAACAGAAAGCAUAGAGACUGCACGAUUUCUACCCACGGGAACGUUUCAAGUACAAGUACAACCGUCACAUUUAGAUCUGGAGAAGGAAGCUCCUGUGAAUCAAGCAAAGCACAGAUUUGGGCACUUUAGGGUUAAAAUGUUAUUUCUUCGUUUCAGGUACAUCUUCAAAAUACAGAAAGAAGUAAUGGAUGCUCACGAUAAUACAAAACUCAAUAACGAACUCUACCGUCUGCACAGGAUUUGUGCAACAAAUGUGAGACUUGACCUAUUAAGAAACCAAUGUACCACACGUAGUGUAUGAAGGUUUUAACAAAUAUGUGGUCAAGACUGUUGAAUUUUCAUGAAAAUGUCAGACAUAUAUUUCGUGUUGUAGCGGUGAAUAUGAUGAACUUUCGAUUUAUGUUCAGAAUAACGGAAAAAAAAAUGUGGAAAUGCAUUUUGCAGCAUUCAAUGACAGUGCACCAGCCUAUUUCACAAGCACGGAGUCGUUUCUCAACACCAGUCUAGGACCGCAGAUCGCAGGCUCAGGCGUCACAUGACCGAAGAGGCUUCCUGUUUGAGUCAUAUGAGACGGGUAUAGAGACCUUUACACAAGUAAAUAUCAUUUAAGUCACAGGGGCAAUGAAAAUGGUACAACGUGAGGUAAUUUACUGUCUCUGCCUUUUCGGCCUGGGGGUCAGCCUGCCGGUUUCAGCGGCUCCACUGAGUAGUCGCCCACAGAUCCCUGUCGAACUCAUGGGUGGGUUUUGGCACGUGUCAGACUUGCAUUUGGAUCCGACCUACCACCUCACUGACGACCACACCAAAGUCUGUUUGUCAUCUAAGGGUUUCCCAGCCAAGAACCCUGGGGAGUUUGGGGAUGUCAUGUGUGACUCACCUUACCAGCUCAUUCAGUCAGCCUUUCAGUUCAUGAAACAAGUGGACCAGCACCCAGAUUUCAUGAUUUGGACAGGGGACAGUCCUCCACACGUUCUGGUAAAAGAGCUUUCCACAGAAACUGUGAUAGAGGUUAUCCGCAACAUGACUCAUACCAUUCAGGAAUUCUUCCCAAGCCUCCCAGUCUAUCCUGCACUUGGGAACCAUGACUACUGGCCGCAGGACCAGCUCCCAGUUUCCACUAAUAAGAUUUACCAGGCUGUGUCUGACCUCUGGGAGCCAUGGCUGCAACCUGAAGCCCUCGAGACACUGAGAAAAGGUGGUUUCUAUUCACAAAAAGUGAUGCAGAAUUUGCGGUUGAUCAGCCUUAACACCAACCUGUACUACAGCCCCAACAAUGUUACCAUCAACAUAACUGAUCCAGCGGGGCAGUUUGAGUGGCUGGAACAAACAUUGCAACAGUCUCUGCAAAACAAUGAAAAGGUGUACAUCAUUGCACAUGUUCCUGUGGGUUAUCUUCCCUAUGCAAGAGAUACCACUGCGAUCAGAGAGCACUUCAACGAAAGACUUGUGAAAAUAUUUCGCAAUUACAGUGCUGUUAUUGCUGGUCACUUCUAUGGUCACACUCACAGAGACAGCAUAAUGGUUCUCUUGGAUGAUGAAGGCAAUCCUGUUAACUCACUGUUUGUGACACCAGCUGUAACCCCCAUCAAAAGUAUUCUUGAAGCUGACACAAACAAUCCAGGCGUUCGCUUAUAUCAGUACAACUCUCAGGAUUACAGCUUGCUGGACAUCUGGCAGUACUUCUUGAAUCUCACAGAAGCUAACGAAGAAAAGAAAUCAGACUGGAAACUUGAAUACAUAAUGACCAAAGCCUUUAACAUAAAGGAUAUUAUGCCAAAGAGUUUGUACAACCUUGCUGUUAAUUUUGCGAAGCCUCAUAGUAAGGAAUUCCAGAAGUACUUUAAUAACUUUUUGGUAAGCUACAAUGAUAAAAUUGUUUGUGAUGGGAGCUGUAAAAUCACUCAGUUGUGUGCUAUACAGUUCUUAGACCACAAUAAUUACUCUGCGUGUAUCAAAAGGGAAAAAGAAAAAAAACUCUUGAGGAAUAUUUUUUAAACAUACUGCAGUCAACUGUUUGUUUUUUUUUAAACAGCAAAUUUGAGCAUCAUUUUAUUUAACUGCCAUUGAUUAAAGGAUAACUAAAGGAUAAUCAGUUCCAAUCACCGUUGUAAGGGUGGAGGGCUCAGCUGUAACCUGUUUAUAUCUGGUGUGUUUCAGAAAGUAUGUACCACGCUUGAAUUUGCAAUUGUACACCUCUGCCGAGGUUUGGGUUUUGACAGGAUGUCGGUGAUUUCAAACGUUUCUAAGUGCUCUGUGCCAUUUUCUGGGAGGAGGCUCUAGCCCUGGUGAGCAGCACUUCUGAAGGUUUUUUAUACAUAACCUAAAUCCUCCAGAGGCCUUGACCUGAAAACAAUAAAGCAGAAAAAGAAGAGAAAAUAAUUUUCGUUACACUUUUAUAACUGCUCAGUAAUGGGAAGAAUUUAGAAAUGAAAAUCAGGAAAGUUAUGUGAGCUUCUGUCAAAAAUGUAUAGAUUUAAAUAUAAAAGGUGUCAAAGUGCCUUUUUAAUUGAACUUUGCUAAAAUUCACUGACCUUUUUUUGGGGGGGGGGAUGCUACUGGGUUGUGAUUGCAGUGAACCUGUAAGAUUUAGGGGCAUGAAAGUAUAUAUUUGGGUUUUAUGUAAAAGCAUUUGACUGCAACUCUCAAUACAGUAUAGUAUACAUUUUCAUAUACUGUAGUAAAGUUGAUUAAGAUAUGCAUUCUUGUAUCAUAAUCUUCUUUCCAUGCUCUCUGUGUUCUCGUACAGUACUGAAGAAAAAGGGGUUUCUGAGAAAUAAGUGAUUAUGUGUUAAUUAAUAUCCAUAUUUUCCCGUCUUGGCCAGAAGAUUUGGGACAUUAUGUACAGUCAAUGUUCUCCCUAGGAGAAAACAUUCAAACAUACAUUUUAGUCUCUGCAUACCUCAAAUUAAGUUGAUAUACAAUAUUUCCAUAUUGAACACUUUUGUGUGCAGGAAAACUCAGGUUUAGCUCCAUCUGUGUCAUGAAUAAAGGUGCUAUUUUUUAACCUCC